AUGUUAUCAGAAUUCGUCCUUCCCUCUGACAGCAUGAAGAGACCUGAGGUCAUGGACUUCCUAAUCAAGUUCGCCCAGGUCCAUGAGACUUUCCGAGAGGCAGAAAUAAAGGCACUGGCCUUGAUAGACGGCUUUGACCUCAUCAUCAAGGAGUAUGAUCCUGAUUCACCACACUGCAUCGUCCAGCUCCCGUCAGUCGAGACAGCCAAACGCCUGAUCCGCCGCUCUGUCCUAGCCCAGUCCAUUCAUGAGCUCUGGGGGAAAGGCACUAAUUACGAAGAAGUUCAUCAGUACGUGAAGGAGACGACAUCAGACAGAUGGCCUCUCUACACGAACGCGUCGUUCAAAUUCGUAAUAGAACCGUUCAGAGGAACGCGGUCCAGCGACACCAGGCUGAGACUCAUCAACUCCUUCUCCUUCCUCCCGUUCAAGGGGCCUAUCAGACUGUCAGACCCGGACCAGUUGUUCACGGUAUUUGAAGACUGGCCCUUCAACAGUGUGCCGAUGGGCGUAGAGAACCCAGACAAGGUGUACCUGGCGCGGUUCAUCGCAAACUCCUCACGCGACUCUAUUCUCAAGUUUGACCUCAAGAAGCGAGAGUACAUCUCUACGACGAGCAUGGACUCCGAGUUGUCCCUCGUGACAGCGAACAUUGCCAUGGCCGCUCCCGGAAAGCUCUUUUACGAUCCGUUCGUCGGCACUGGCUCCUUCCCAGUCGCAUGUGCGCACUUUGGUGCCAUAGCCUGGGGCAGCGAUAUUGACGGCCGCAGCAUGCGAGGAGACGGCGGCAAGAAGAGCCUCCGCGGAAACUUUCUCCAGUACGGUCUCAAGGGGAGGCUGGGCGACUGCUUUGCCGCCGACCUCACCAACACGCCUCUAAGAUCGGGAAGGAUAUGGGACGGUAUCGUGUGUGACCCGCCGUACGGAGUUCGCGAAGGCCUGAGGGUGCUCGGCUGCAAGGACCCUGAAAAGACGCCAUGGGUCAUAGAAGGCAGCAGGCAAAUGAGCCACCUACCCGGAUACGUGCCUACCAAGAAACCAUACAGCUUUUUGGCCAUGCUAGACGACAUCCUUAACUUUGCUGCUGAAUCGCUCGUCGACAACGGCAGAUUAUCCUUUUGGAUGCCUACGGCCAACGAUGAGAACCAAGAGAUUCUGACUCCCGACCACCCCUGUUUAGAAACCGUUGUGGGUCUCGCCGAUUGA